GCAAAGGGUAUCGGGAGAGGCUUCCAGCAAACCUUCUCUGGCUUCUGGAGGGACGGACCACCGUUUCCGCGGCUUUGGCUUCUGCGAUCUGCGUUCAGGCUAAACGGCCACAGCGGCGCCACUGUCGCUCCCCUUGUGCCUGGUUCUGACCGUAUUUGUUCCCCGGAGGCCGCCCCGGUUACAGCAGCGGCCGCGGCCGACAUGUUGUGAGGCGGCGGCGCGGGUGUCUCAAGGAUGGUUUGGCUGAGGCGGCAGCAGCGGCUGCUGGCGGUGGCGGCAUUGGCAGCGGGGGCUCCGGCUCUGUAGAGCCCAGCCCGCUGGGUGUCCGUCCUGUACCGCGGCCAGACCAGUGCCCCUGGACCUUGCCUCUGCUCCGGCGCCGUUGGGGAACCGGUUAGGCGACAGCGCACGCCCCGCAGAGGAGACACGAAGGGGGUUCUCCAGUGCUCAGAUUUCCGGACCACCUAGCCUUCCCCUCUCCGACCUGGGCAGUGCUGUCCCCAGAAUCCUCAGCUCCCCCCCGCGAAAUUUGCUCCCAGCCUCGCCCUGAAUCUUUCAUACACGCGGGUGUUCCACGCCCUCUCGAGCCAACCCCUCGCCCCUUAAUUUUCUGCACCCUCUUCUCAGAGCGCCCCCCGGAUUGCUCUCCGAGGGCAACCUUUUGAAAAAUCUUCGUGGAGCAGUGGACCAGAACUGGGGGAGUUUUCAAAGUCGGGCGCGAGAGAUAGGAAGGUACGAUGGCUUCCUCAUCUGGAAACGAUGAUGAUCUCACUAUACCCAGAGCUGCUAUCAAUAAGAUGAUUAAAGAGACUCUCCCCAAUGUCCGGGUGGCCAACGAUGCCCGGGAGCUGGUGGUGAACUGCUGCACUGAAUUCAUUCACCUUAUAUCUUCUGAAGCCAAUGAGAUUUGCAAUAAAUCGGAAAAGAAGACCAUCUCGCCAGAGCACGUCAUACAAGCACUAGAAAGUUUAGGCUUUGGCUCUUAUAUCAGUGAAGUAAAAGAAGUCUUACAAGAAUGCAAGACAGUAGCAUUAAAAAGAAGAAAGGCCAGUUCUCGUUUGGAAAACCUUGGUAUUCCUGAAGAAGAGUUAUUGAGACAGCAACAGGAAUUAUUUGCAAAAGCUAGACAGCAACAAGCAGAAUUAGCCCAACAGGAAUGGCUUCAAAUGCAGCAAGCUGCCCAGCAAGCACAGCUUGCAGCUGCUUCAGCAAGUGCGUCCAACCAGGCAGGAUCUUCUCAGGAUGAAGAAGAUGAUGAUGAUAUCUGAAAUUCACCAGCUGAGUUUCUAUUUCCUCUAUAAAUGUUUUUCCCUGCACAAGAAAACAGUGAAAGAAAUGCUUAUCUGUAAUUUUGUAUGCAUCUUGGUGGACUUGCCAUUGGUAUUCUAGGGAUGUCUGCCGUUAAGUUUCAUCUAUUGUGUGCUAUUCAUGUAAAAACUGUCUCUUCUAACUAUUGAAAAUUUAAGGCUCAGUAUAAUAUCAAUUUUGAAUUUUUAAUGGUGUUUAUGAAAUUUUAGAUAGCAGUGAGUCCUUUAUUUGAUCAAUAAACAGUGUUACAGAAAACUUCAAGUUUAUAAAAAUACAGUGAAAUUUAUACAGAAGCUCUAAAUCUUCAUUUGCAUUUCCUCUGCCCUUUUAACUAAACUAAAAAUUGGGAAUUUUAAAUUAUUGGGGGGGAGGUGCUAUGUGAUGCAGUAGAUAUUAGAUCAGGCUGGUGAAAAAACAAAGACUUCAGUUCUGUAGUAUUUGGAUUUUUUGUCUUUUAAAAUGAGUAUAUAUACAGGCACUAAAUAUAUAUGCUCAGAUGAAUAUACUUGUUUUAAAAAAAUCUCAAACAAGACAUUCAAAAACUAGGGUGAGUAUGUUCAGUAGUAGUUGUAAAAUUUGGUAGGUUAUGUUUUGAUUUUGUUUUUGUUUUAUGUGGAGGUAAAAACUAAAGUUUUAUUAUAGCAUAAUUCAUCUUGAGCUACACUAUUACAUUUCAAAGACUGCCCCGUUUUGAGGACUGUCAUGAUUCUUAGUAUUUCACUCCAAUGAUUGUUAAUAGUAUUACUUGCUUAGUCCAUCCAUGUUUAUUGGAACUUGUGAAACAAUUGCUUAGGUUCCGUUGGUUUAACUAAGGUUCAUGAAUAUUCAAACCUUUGCUGGGGGAAAGAAAUGAAAGUUAAUGAGCAUGCUUGCUAUAAGACGGAUUUUUUUGUAAUUUAACUUGUAGUCAUAGUUUACUUAUUGUUUGUUUUUAGCAUUACUUUUACAAUUUCUUGACUAGAUGGCCUAGAGUGUCCAAUGCUUCCUUUUGAAAUGGCAUCAUUGUCUCCAUCAUAAUUGAGCUUUAAAAAAAUGAUUGUUUUAUUUUGUUUAAGAAAGUGUAUCAUAAUUGAUCAGCCCUAUAUGAAACAUAGUUUCAACCUGCUCAUUGCAAGGGAAGAGCUUUAAUUUGGUUCCAGUAAAUAAACUAUGGUAGUGAUUUUUAUAGGAAUCCAGUGUGUUGAAGAACUGGCCUAUUGUUUGUAUUUUGAAAACAGAAUGGAAAGCCACUUAAGAUAGUAUGAAGUAAUCUAAAUUCCUAUGUCAGUUGCCAAAUCACUUAAAUUUGUAUAUUCACCAGGUCUAAAGACAGAUGGCAGAUGCCAGGAUUCCAAUUUUAAUUGAAGAGCUAAAUAAGUGAAGUUUACAAGUAUUAGAUUUCUUAAUGAUCAUAUUUUGCAGUUUUAGAAAAAGUGAAAUAUUGUCAUACAUUUAUUAAAUACACUUCUUCCAUGCCACAACUAAGUGAAUCUUGCUUAAUGUUUUGAGUUGAAGUUGGUAUUGAAUCCGUGAAGUGCAUUUGGACAAAAUAGAAGGGAUUGUUUUUUUAAAAGUUUAAGUACCAAAGGUAGUCUAGUCUAAGAAAUAAUAAGUUAAUAAGUGUUGGCUUUUCUAACUUGUACUGUAACAUCCUUAUACUUUCUAUUUUAAGUAUAUCUGUUUCUUAUGUAAACAACUUAGAUAUUUUUCCAUACUUUUUUUUUUGAUGCAGAGUUCAGGUUAAUUAAUAUUUUACUGCAUCUGAUAAUGUAUUAUAUGUUUGAAUCCUAGUGACUUUUCAUUUUGACAUUCUUGUGAUUUUCAUAUGCUAUAUUCUUCAAGCAAUAAAAUCUGAUGUGUUUUAUAAAUUGUUUUUAUAUUUAAUAAUCUAAAUAGAUCAAUGGCAUGAGAUUUCUAUUAUUACCAUUUUUACUAGUUUCAAGAAUCCUAGGCCCAAAAGACAUUUUGAUCAAUUGGUAUAUAGUACUUGACUUUCUCCUCUGUUUGCUGUUAUUUCAGAAAAUGUGGUUUUACUUGUAUUUUUGUAAUUUACAGUCCUAGGGUGCAGGCAUAACAGAGCUAAUUAAGCAGUAUUUUACUCUUAGCUUAUUUUUUAGCAGUUAACUAUUACAUUCUGUCUGUUGAGAUUUUUAAAAUCCUUUGGAGAGAGAAACAAAAUCUUUACGGUUGUUGAGAAAUAAAGUUAUUGUUUAGUAAGUA